AAGCCGCACCGACUCUCUUAAAAUUGGAAGACAAUGUUAAACAGUACAAAACAGAUCUUGUACGCUUUAAGAGAGAAAAACAAGAAAAGGUAGCAGCUGACUAUAAGGAACACACGGUAUACAGAUGGUUGAGUGGACAUAGUGAACGUCCGAGAUUUGCAAGAAAACGCAGAUUCAUACGCAAACCAAGGCAAUUCACUAUUGAUAAAACCUCGG